CAAGAACCUCUCAAGUGCUUCUAGUAACCCGUCACAAGCUUGUCAUGUCAACCUCUACGGCUCUCGAGUUCGGAGUUAUCAACACCCUACGCACGGGCAAUGCUGUAUACGACCUAAUGGUUUGCAUGGUGGUGCCAGCCGUCGUGCAGCGGAUCACCAACUCUGGCCAGGACGCGCUGGGAGUCCUUAGGACAAUAUUUGAGUUCCUGUGUUGCCUGUUCUUUCCGCGGAAGUACGUGACCCACGUCGUGGAAACCAAAGCAGUGUCGGGUGAAAAUCGAACGUACCGCCUCGACGACGACUCGAAGGGAAACGAGUUGCUGCAGAAGGCCAUUUUGCUAUACCUCACUGAGAACUUGGAUAUGGGGGACAAGUCAGGACGAUACGAUCUGCUGGAGAGACCGAAUGCGAAGAAGUUGCUCGCGAAAAAGGAGUUUGUGCACAUUGAUCUUGAAAAACAGAAACGCAUUAAGGUGUUGCUAGAGCAGCCUGCUUUACCUGAAGUUGCUAAGCUUGGAGUGAGUGUGUUGCCACCUUUGGAUCGAUGGAUAGUGGUCCAAGAAGGUGUCGAGUUCAUGAACGAGACCAAGAAAAAUGAUGAUGAGAAAAGUACCACUAUUCAAGAGACCAAGACGCUUUUCCACUUGCGAUCUAAUCUACCGGAUGGACCAGAACGGAUCGACGCGUUCGUUGAAAAGGCAUUUACAUUCUAUCGAGACAUCGAGAACAAGAAGUUUACGAGUGACACUGCUCGGUACAUGUAUGUGCGCUCUUCAGACCGACCAGCAGCUACCGACACGGACGACGAAAGUAAACUCAGUGCACCAUACCACAAACGUUACGCCCUGGGCAACGACAAAACAUUCGAUAACGUUUUCUUCGAGGAGAAGGAGUCUCUGCUGCAGUUGUUAUACCACUUUGAAAACAAAACGGGCAAGUUUGCCAUCGAGGGAUUCCCGAACAAGUUAGGAUUGCUGCUGUAUGGACCACCCGGAACAGGCAAAACAAGUGUAAUCAAGGCGGUGGCGGAGAAGACUGGACGCCAUAUCGUAAACAUCUCUCUCGGCAAAGUCAAGACCAACCAGGAGCUCAUGGACGCCAUGUUUGACCUCCGUUACGCCAUCGAUAGACUCGAUUUGCCUGUACGCAUGGGCUUCAAAGACGUCGUGUUCGUGAUGGAGGACAUUGACUGUGCGUCUUCAGUUGUAGCAACUCGCGAGGAGGGAUCGCCAACGCCAGUAUCGGAGAAAUCGGCAGAAGGUGAAGAUAACAAUUCUAAAGCUACAGAGAUAAUCAACGAGGUUGAAGACGACGCUGGGUUUGAGGAUAUUCCAAGGCUUGGGCCGUUCUAUCGCCGCGGAAAGAUGGCGGCACGAUUUUUCGGUCCCAGUACGAUGAACUUAGAUGACGAUGACGAUGACGAUGAAGACGACGGAUUCCUAUCUGCGUUGUUGCAAUCGCAGAUGGAGUUUGAGGGUUUUGGGCCAAAGAUGAAGGGAGGAUUCGUGUCCUCAUCAAACUCCACUGAUAAACUCAACCUCGCCGGUGUUCUGAAUGUUCUGGACGGAGUUAUCGACUGCCCUGGGAGGAUCGUGAUCAUGACCACCAACCACCCAGAAAUGCUGGAUCCAGCCCUUGUUCGCCCCGGGCGCAUCAGCAAAAAGCUGCACCUUGGCUACAUGUCCACUGCGCAGAUUGAGAAAAUGAUGUCGUAUUACUUUGCGAGGACGCUGAAUCAUGAACAGCGAAGGCGAUUACAAACACUGGAGGAUUCUGACAGGGUCUUCACUCCUGCAGAUAUCGAAGAGCUGUGUGCGGAACAUGACAGCGUUGAUGAUGCACUUGACCGGAUGCUGUAUUAAUUAUAUGUUUUCUUUAAAUUAAUAUACAAUAAAACUUUACCUUAAGGUGCCUUAAAGGUUAUUGAAACACGA